AUGAUGUUUACAGUCAAGGAUUCGCAUUCAGAUAUGGAGAUGAAGCAGCCAAUGAAGGAACGAUUCAUGACCGUAGAAGAAAGAAUCGAUUCCAAAUUCGCUUUGUUGUUGGAUGAAAAAGAGGUGGGCGCGAUUGGUGUAUCAGUGGGGACUGAUUCGAUUCAUGUUCAAGAAUCGAUCCCAGAAGAAACAUAUACGAUUCCAGAAGAAGAAUCCACAGAUUCUACUACUUCAGUUUUGAUGACUUGUGUGAUCUUCAAGACAAGAGCUUCCACAUUUAACAUGUGGAAGAAAGAGCUGUUAAUGCCAAGCAAGUUGCACACCAUGUACUCGGUAAAAUGUAUCAACGAGUACAAAAUAAGAGGAAGCAAUAAAAGUUUCCUAAAGCCUGGAAGAUCAAGUUUAAAAACAGAUUUGCGACAAGAAAGACAUUCGUCGGCGGAAAGCGAUGGAAUAAACCAUUGUUGCAAAAGCAGAAAACAUUUGAGCGAAAAGGAGGAUUGUACACAAGACCAAUUGGUACGAUGUGGCAGUAUGUAUAAAGAGCUUCAGAACAUUUUUGACCCAGUGCGUUCGAGCUUGAUAGCAAAGCUUCUUCAAAUUUCUUGUGUUGAUCACCAAGUGUGUGAUAUAUUGCUUCAUUCUGGAAAGACAAGUAAGCAAAUCUUCGAAUUCAAGUUCAAGGGCACAGCAGAGUCGAAGCACCGUAAGCUCACAAUCUCCUUAGGACAGACAAAGAAGCAUAUUACGUCAACAGAUGUUAAGCAGCAUAAAGUUGGCUUCACACAGAAUGUUGAGUUACACACAAUUCUGCUGGGAAGAGAUGCUUUCCGGGUUGAAAUCGACAAUUUUUCUUGGAAAUUUGAGCAUGAUUAUUCAUUGGCUACAAGAUUGUUAGAACUGAUCAUGAAAGAGGACAUUUGUGUGGUGCACCAAUCUCAACAUACAGGUUACGAGUGUGGCAAGAUUGCGAAUGAGAGGCUGAAUGUUGUUUUUACAAUAUGCUUGGAGAUGUGCAGACCGAAGAAUGAGGAAGAUUACAUCACAGUGAAGAAAUGGAUGAGCCACGUUUCAAGAGGCCUGACACAAUUUAUGAUAGCGGAUGUGCCGUUUCGUGUUAAGCACAAGUGGCCAUUUAAACUUCUAAAAACAAUUGCAGAUUUAGCUCUUUGUGUGGACAGUGCUAUGAUCACAUUUAGUUAUGCAAUUUCUGGAUAUUCAGAGAGGACGCAAUACAGAGACACGACAGAAUCAUUUCGUUGUUGUUGUUUCCAGCCUGGUCUCACGAGUUUACACAUGGGCACUCAAGUUGGGAUUGUUUUCAACAACAAAAAAAACAAAUGCUGCUGCUCCAAAACAGAGUUAUUUUCAUGCAUUGUUUGGGGAAAAUGGUCGAUUUAUUCCUUAAGUAUUUGCAAUUAA